AUGCCCUCACCUCCUCACCAGAACCACUGGCCACAUGGGCUCAUGGUCGUUGAUACGGGAGCCUUUGGCUUGAUCCCAAGCAUCACAUUCACCCGCAAAGUGACUUUACUCGAUAUCCGGUCGGUUGGUGCACAGUGGCUCGAGCCGUUGUAUCGCCUUCCGGGCAAAGCCCAUGUCACAUUCCCAUCUCACAUCAAAGCUGGAGCCAUACACAGAGACCCUGAAAGUUGUGGGCAAAACAGAUGCCUUCAAGCAACCCUCGCGCUCCAGACAGACAUCGCAGCUACCACUGCAAUCUUUUCUCCAAAUGUUCCUGACGGCAGUGACAACUGCCCACAAUCGGGGUUCUCACCCUGUGAUCAUACGUACUCUCCAGCCAAAAGACAACAAUAA